CCAGCCAAGAGAUUCCCAUUUCUCCCCUUGUGGUUAUAGUCUACCCCUCAAUAGGACUUUGAACCAAAUCAAGAAAGAAAAACCCACACAACACAAAAACUUUGACACUUUGCUUUGCCUUUACUUCACAAUUUUUCAUUUUCUUCCCCAAACAAGUAGAGUUUUUCUAACCUCUUUCAUAUGCAUUAUCUUGUUCUACUUCUUCUUUAGUUCUUCUAUAGUUAUUUGUUCUUUGCAUCUACUCCAACUUUACUAUAUUUAUCUUAUUUCCCUUUCUCAUACCAAAUCUAACCUCAAUUCAUUUUCUCCCCACAAAAAAAAAUGACUGACAGAGUCUACCCAUCAGCCAAGCCUAAUGGCACUACAACCACCCCCGCACCCACCGCCACCGCCGCAAAUCCAGCUGCCGUCACCGUCAAGAACCAGAUGUACAACCCAAAUCGCAUUCCUUACCGACCGACACCAACCGCCUACCACCGACACAACCACCGCCGUUGCAGCUGCCGACGUUGUUUCUGCAUGUGCUGUUUCUGGUUCAUUCUCAGCAUUCUCAUUAUCCUUCUCCUUGCAGCCAUUGCCGGUGCUAUUUUCUACGUCCUUUACCAUCCUCAACGCCCUGCAUUUUCAAUCUCCUCACUCAAAAUCUCACAGUUCAACCUCACUACUACCGCCGACGACACCACCCACCUUACUGCAAAACUCAACCUCACACUCUCAACGAAAAACCCAAACAAGAAACUGAUAUACAACUAUAACCCCAUCUCUAUAACUGCGCUAUCAAAUCAAGUUGUUUUAGCAAAUGGGUCGUUUCCGGGGUUCACUAGCAGUCCAAAUAAUAUCACUAUUAUACACUCUACUCUGUCAAUGGUGUCUCAAGUUCUUGAUGCUGAUUCUGUCUCGUCUUUGAAAUCAGAUCUGAAGAGAAAAGCUGGGUUGCCUGUGACAUUAUUGAUGGAUACAAUGGUAGUGGUGAAAAUGGAUAAAUUGAAAAGCAAAAGGGUAGGGAUCAGAGUAACGUGUGAAGGAAUUCAUGGACCAACUCCUAAAGGGAAAGCUCCAGCUGUGGCUUCAACAAAUAAUGCUAAGUGUAAGGUUGAUCUCAGAGUCAAGAUCUUGAAAUGGACCUUCUAAUUUCAACUCAAUUUGGUUUGACUUUCUUUCCUUUUUUUUUUCUCUUUUUUUGGGUUAAGUAUAAUUAUAAUUUCUUUUGGGGUUCAAAUUACUCCUCUGUUUUUUUUUUAUUUGGGGUUUUGGCGAUUUGUUUGUAAACUGAAGACUAGGAAGAAUGCCAAAGUUAAUUGAGAAAGUUGAGGGUUUUUUUUCCUAGAAUUGUGAAGACAUUAAAAGGGAGGGGUUGGAAUUACAGAGUUUUCAAUUUUUUUUUCUCCUCAUAACUAUGAGUUUAAGUUAAUUGUAGUUAUACUUAAAUUCAUUGAAGAUCUCAAUUACAACUUAGCAAUUUCUUAGUACUUUCA